AUGGCAGUUAGAAAGAGAUCUCAAAAGUCUAUCCAAGAUAGGACUGCUAAGAGACGUAAGGAAGAGGAUGCGUUGCUUCAGAAUGGUUUGUUUCACAAAGAUGUAAGUGAAUUUGAUAUUGGCGAUGAGAUGCCCUCAUUAUCCUCAAAGACCUGGGAAAACGAAGAACAAGAUUAUGAAUUGAAGCCAAGAAAUAUGAAGAACGAUGAGAAGGACUUUGUAGAGGGUCUUCCAAUUAAGGUUAAUGGAAAGGUUGAGAGGAAAGUUCGUGAGGUUAAGAGACCUGCUAAACCUGAAGAAGAUAGCAGUUCAGAGGAGGAAGAAGAAGACCAAAAAGAUGAAGACUCUGAAGAUGUAGAGAGCAGCCAUGAUUACCAUUUUGAUACUGAAGAAAAGAUUAUUGAGAUGAAGGAACUUAUUGCAGAACUAGUAGCAAACAUAACAGAAGAACCAGAGGAGCAUACAGCGGCGUUAAGUAGAUUGCGUAAGAUGGCCUUAUCAAAAAAUUCUAACACUAGUAAGUUUUCUAUUCUAGCAUUGGUUACUGUUUGGAAAAGCAUUAUACCAGGUUAUAAGAUUAGACCUUUAAGUGAAAUAGAAAAGAAAGAGAAGGUCUCUAAAGAGGUUGCCAAGCUAAGGGCAUUUGAGCAGAAUUUAGUUCUAAAUUAUAAGCACUACGUGGAUCAUAUUGGGAAGCUGGCUCGUGCUGCCAAUAAUCAGUCUCCUAUUGAAGUCAGUUUGGGGAAUGUGGCUGCUACAGCUGCUACAGAGCUUGCAGAAAACUUCCCCCAAUUUAAUUUUAGGUCUGAUGUUCUCCUGAUUAUCAUACGUAGAGUAUGCAAACCCAAUCCAAAGAAUGAUCCAAUCUUUUUGAAAGCCGUGAAGGUCUUGGAAACUCUUCUGAAUGAUGAUGAUGAAGGAAAUGUAUCCCUCGAAGUGAUCCGGCUAUUAUCUAGGACAUUGAAAUCACGGAAAUAUAAUGUUGAUGAAUCUGUUCUGAAUGUGCUAUUAAACUUAGAUAUUUUGAAUGACUACAACCCAAAUACUGCAACAGAUGAACCUGCCCGGAUUAAGAUAAAGAAGAAGAACAGAGUUCACUUGUCAAAGAAGGAACGAAAAGCCAGGAAGGAAAUGAAGAUUAUUGGAGAAGAAAUGCGUAAAGCGGAGCAAGCGGUAUCUGCUGAAGAAAGAGAAAGAAACCAAGCAGAAAUUUUGAAAUCUCUCCUUGCAUUAUACCUAAAUAUAUUGAAAUCCAACGAACCGCGUCUAAUUGGUUCUGUGCUAGAAGGCCUAUCAAAGUUCGGUCAUAUGGCGAAUCUCGAUUUACUGGGUGAUUUCCUGACUGUUAUGAAAGAGAUGAUUGCAGACGCUAAUAUUGACCAGUUAUCCUCUGAUGAGGUGAGGAAGAUAUUACUAUGCAUAGUGACUGCGUUUUCUUUGGUAUCAAGCCACAAUCAUAUGAAAGUCCAUAUUGACUUAUCGUCCUUUGUCAAUGUAUUAUAUGCUAUUCUUCCGUACGUGGCUCUUGAUGCAGACAUUGAAUUUUCAUACAAGACUCUGAGAUUAGCGGAUCCAUUAAACAAUGAACUUGUAAAACCAUCGGUCAAUGUUUCUACUAAGGCGGAACUUUUAUUGAAAUCAUUGGAUCACGUUUUCUUUAGAUCAAGAUCAGGCACAAACCAAAGGGCUACAGCUUUUACAAAGAGACUUUAUAUGACCAUGCAAAAUACGCCUGAGAAGACCAGCAUUGCCAUCUUAAAGUUUUUAGAUAAACUCAUGUCGAAGUAUCCAGAAAUAGGUGGAAUGUACUCGACGGAAGAUGUCAUCGGCAAUGGUAAUUUUUACAUGGAGGCCGACGAUCCCGCCAGGAGCAACCCGGAAGCAGCUACAAUUUGGGAGAGUGCUUUAUUGUCAAAGCAUUAUUGUCCCACGGUUGUUAAAGGCGUCCGAGCACUGAUAACCAGGUCAAAGGGACUAAAAUAA